AUGUGAUUGCGUCUAACAGAGAGAGAGAGAGAGAGAGAGAGAGAGAGAGAGAGAGAGAGAGAGAGAGAGAGAGAGUGAGUGAGUGAGAAAGAAAGAGAGAGAGAGAGAGAGUUAGAGAAAUAACGAUCGAGCUUCUUCGAUUCAGAGUGGUGUGUUCUUCUUCGUGAUUACUUUCCCUGGUCCAUCGUGUGAUCGCACGAAUGUCGCGACGCGAUGUCGCCCGAUAACGUACGCGUCGAGCCGCAAAACCUGGCACUCGACGUCACGGCUAUCAUCGGUUCCUCCUGACAAUAUGAGCCUCGUCAAGCAUUGUCGUACUACGCGAUCGCUAAUAAGAGUACUAUCACUAUUGGUACUGCUGGUGCUGACGAGUGUUCUCCUCAACAUCAUCGCAACCACUGUCGCCGCCGUCGUCGUCGUCGUCGCCAUCGUCAUCAACAUCAUCGUCGUCGUCGUCGUCGUCGUCGUCGUGGUGAAGCAUCUUGCGACUUCUAUUGUUACUCUUGUCGUUGCUGACUCAAGAUCUCUGUUCUAUUUAUCAAAGGAUUAUUAACCUUCAAGGAGAACUCCGUACUCCCGUGUGUGUGCUAUCGUGCCCGUUAAAACCACCCUAAAACACGUGCGACCUUUCCCGUGGGAUUAUCGUUCCUUGUGUGUAUUAUUAUUAUUCGUGUGUCACGAAGAAGAAGGACGACGACGAUUCGUCCUUCUUUAUAUUCUUCUUCGUUGUUUACGUUCUUUACUAUCGGUUUUUUACAUUGAUACUACCACCACCACCACCACCACUACUACUACUACUACUGCCAUUACUACAAUUACUACUACUAUUACUACUACUACUACUACUACUACUACUACUAUUUGGUGCUUCUUAUACUGAUUCUCGUUUUAUGUGUUUGCGAAUGAUCGUGGAUUUAUUUUCUUCUAUCUUACGUCGUUAUUAUCAUUAUAACAUAUACACAGUGAGCCACGGAUAUCGAGCGAUGAUGGCAGCGUUCAUGAUCGCCAGCAGCACCAUGGAUCUUUGCCUCAGCACUGUGGUGACAAUGUGCCGCGCUUUCGCGAGCACCUCGACCGAUGUUACGAAUUGGAGCGUUACAAGGACGCAGGAGGGUACUUCAAUGCCCAGGGAAAUCGAGUUAUCGAGCUCCAGGUCGAGGACAGGAUCAAGAACGAGGUCGAUCGUAAUCUGCCUUACACUGUUACUAACAAUGGAAGCGAGGAGCAUAGAGGGUACGAACAUGACAAACGCGUCCUCCUCCUCCUCCUCAUCUUCCUCCUCUUCGUCUUCGUCAUCGUCCUCCUCUUCGUCCUCGUCGUCGUCGUCGUCAUCAUCCUCAUCCUUGUCAUCGUCGUCCUCCUCCUCGUCGGCUGUGUCGACGUUAAAGCCGAUUACAACGACGGAAGUAGUUUAUCAACGAUUCGCCAUCGAGCCAAUGGAUCAAACCGCGGUGGUCGGUAGUAGAGUAACGCUUCCUUGCCGAGUUCUUGAUCAAAAGGGACCGAUUCAAUGGACGAAGGACGAUUUUGGACUUGGUGCUGUUAGGAAUCUCACUGGAUACGAACGUUACGCUAUGAUCGGUAGCGACGAAGAGGGUGAUUUUUCAUUGCACAUAUAUCCGGUUGAGCUUGAGGAUGAUGGCGUUUAUCAGUGCCAGGCCUCGCCGACGAACGACGGUCAACCAGCCUUACGAUCGAGAUUUGCUCGUUUGAGUGUGUUGGUGCCGCCUGAACCACCAAAGAUCCUUCAGGGGGACUUUCUCGUGACGACUGAAGAUCGAGAGCUCGUAAUCGAGUGCGUUAGUGUUGCUGGAAAACCACCGGCAGAGAUCACGUGGAUCGACGGGCGAGGCAACGUGCAACAUAGAGGUAUAGAAACCACCAAGGAACUCUUCGAUGGUGGCCCUUUGUAUACGGUGAAGUCGGUUCUGAAAGUGAUGCCACGUAAGGAGCACGACAAUACCACCUUCACGUGCCAAAGUCAAAACGCGGCCGAUCGGACGCCGCAAAGUGCCAAGUUACGUGUCGAGGUACGUUACGCACCAAAGGUGUCACUAAAAAUCCGUGGCUCUGGUGUAUCGGAUAAGAAACGUAUCGUCGAGGGAACAGAGUUGAGGUUCAAAUGUCGCGCCGAGGGCAAUCCCCCGGAUAUGGAGUACAGGUGGUUUAUCAACGAGAAAAAGGUCAUCGGAGACUAUACGACGGAAAUGAUCAUUCACAACGCGACGCGGGAUCUUCACGAUGCGAUCGUAAAGUGUGAGGUUCAUAACGAUGUCGGCAAAAGCGAAGAAACUGAAACGCUAGAUAUAACAUACGGACCACAAUUUCGACAUCAGCCAGUUUCCGUAGAAACACACUAUGGUGCAACGGAAAUCUUGCAGUGCGACGUCGAUGGAAAUCCCACACCCGAGAUUCUAUGGUUCCAUGAGGAUUCGGAACACGUGGUAGCCACAAGCCCAAAUAUAAGCGUUUUCGUCAGUCCUGAGACAGCAGGACGUUAUUUUUGCAAGGCUCACGUACCAGGUUUUCCUUUACUGACGGGUUCCGCCAACAUUUACAUUCGUGGACCACCUAGCAUAGUGUCACAAAGGAUUCAGUACGUGCCAGACGAGGGAGUGGUCAAGGUAAAGUGCACUGCGAUAUCGGUGCCAAAAGCGGAAUCCGUAGUAUGGAGCUUCGCUGGUCGUGAGCUCAAUUUCUCGUUGAACAAUACGCCGUUCUACGUUCAGGAAGAAUACACGGCGGAGAGGGUCGUCAGCACUGUCACAUUGGUCGAACCAGUAUCCACCUAUUUCGGGGAUUACAACUGUACGGUGACGAACAGUUACGGCACGGAUUCUGUCAUAAUCAACCUGACAGCACACACGUUGAUUCCAGUCGAUUUGCAACUGAUUCUCAUCAUCGUUGGACUCGUUGUCUGCGUGAUCCUGAUUGGGAUUAUUGUUCUACUCAUUCUACAAUGUCGCGAUCGUAUUAAACAGCCACGACCGAGGACAGCACAAACGCAAGAAACUGAUAUGCAAGAAACGGAUUCGAACGCGGAUCGAUAUCGCGAGAGCGAUAGAAGCAGCAAUCUCUCGGAUGUCAAAGCGGACAUACGAGCUGGUUCGAGCGUUAGCAAUGCGGAAAGCGUAACAGCACUCGACAGCGAGGGUGAAGGAAGCACUCGAGGAGUUAACGCGUUGGCACUUGCCGGGCCCGUUCCAAAUCCCCUUGGCUUUCGUUAUAGCGCAGAUUACACGGAACCAUCCUUUCCACCAAAAAAUAAUGACGGGAGCAACAAUAACGGCUAUGUGCCAUACGUGGAUUACACGCGGGACUACAUGCCACCGACAACGCAAGGAAUGGGAGCGUCACGGGAAUCCUUGAGCAGGAUACCGUCCGGCGGAAUUCUCGCAUCGAAGAAAAUUGGACUGAGUUCGGCGAACUUGGGAACAUCCACUCCACAAACAACGCCGGUCAUUGAUCCACGUUUUUCUGCGACCUAUGGCAAUCCUUAUCUCAGGAUGUCAGCGGCUGAACAGCUGAGGCACGCGCCACACACGGCAGUGCCCGGAGUCACGCCAGCUCCUCCACCAUAUACUCAAGCAAUGAGGAUGAAUAGCUUAAACACCUUGAAUGGUGCUGGACCACAGGCGCCAUUGUCAGCGCAUUAUAUAACCGGAGGGCCAAACGGUGGUGUGGCAACUGUAAAGCGUACUUCGGCAGUAGGAACAUUAGCGACGCACGUAUGAGGCCAGGGGGUCUAUCCGAACUAGAACCAUCGACGACGCACGGGAGGCGCCAUCUUCGAAGCUCCUAGUCGUAUCCGAGAGGAAGAAGCGUAUCGGAUGGAUGAAGAAUAUCAAGAGCGUUGCUGUUUUCGUCAAAUUUCAUCGUUGGAACGUCGUCGACGUGAAUUCGCCGGAAGAAAGAUAGGAUCAUCCUUGAAAAAUGAGAUAAGGCGAGAACGAAUGAAGCUGUUGGAGAACGGCGAGAUGUUGGGCUACAUCGAUCUCGUUUUAAAGCAAUUGAGAAAAGCUAGCAGAGAUCAUCGAUUACUUGUCGAGCAACGUCAUCUUCGUGACUCCCCGACGUUUGAACGUCAUCGUUUCUUCGAAGUUCCAACUUCCUCGUCAGUUUAUACGAGAGAUUGGAUAAAGAAUAGAACAAGAAGGAGGGAGGAAAUGCAGGAAGAACUCUUGGAAUAUCAUCCACGAACAGCAACGAGAUUGUUGACGAAAAGAAAGACGUACGUCGAUCGAGAAGAAGAGAAAAGAGGUAGGACCUUCGGAUACGGUAAAACUAGAGGAGCUUUCGAGAGGAUCGUCGAAUCGAGCAGCUGUCGAGAUCCAAAUUACGUUCUCGAUCAAGAAGGAUUCGAGAGGAAACCCUUCGAUCGGCAACUCUUCGACUGGACGGGUAGAUCCUCGACCGGUACCUCGACCGUCGUUUGAUCGUCGGACCAACGAAGAUUUCGACCUGUAAUCCCAUCAGCCUUUUUUCUUCGUUCUUCGUCGUCCUUCGGCGAAAGAAAUCGUUGACGAAAGAGAAAGGAAAAAAGAGAAAAAUAGAGAGAGAGAGAGAGAGAGAGAGAAGAAGAAGGUAGAGAUAAAGAGAAAGAGACAAGCGUACGUAACAGAGGCGAUACGAAGAUUUCACCUACGUUGAAAAUCGAUGCUUCUCGAUCGACCAUCGAAGGUAAAAUUCUCGAUUCGAAUUUCUCAAAAGAAUUUCAAGCGACGUUCGUUUCUCUCAACGAUUUUUAUCAAGAGAACGUUUCUCAAAGUUAAACGAACUAAUACGUUCUCUCUUAUUCCUCUUUUCAAAUACGAGACGAAUAAGAAAAAAGAAGAAGAGGAUCAAAAAGGAAGAAGAAAGAAGGAGAAGAAAUAUAAUGCUCGAAAUACGCUAACGUAAGGAUAAUGGCUUAAGGACGAUGGUUACGUUCGGAUUUAUAUAUCGAAGAAUAGAUUAUUCUUCGAUAUGGAAAACAGACCACUCGGUAUCGACAAUCCACUACUGACAUAUUUUAGAUCUCGAUAAGCAUUUAAACGAUUCGUUCGAACUGACGAAAUUCUCGUCGAGAUGACGUGGAGAUGAUAACGUCGAGAUAACAAUCGAGGAACGAGAAUACGUCGAUUUCAUGUGCUCUUUCUCUCUUGAGCAUUCCUAGUACUAAUUAGCGGAAAGAGAGCAUUGUAUUGCGAUUCGUGAAAAAAAGAGAGAGAGAGAGAGAGAGAGAGAAAAAAAAAAGAACAAAAACAAAAAAGAUAGUAAAAAGAAAAAUAAUGUGACUCCGUAUACUUCGUCGUUCGGUGCGUUUACGAUCUGCCUGACACACACACAUACAUAUAUAUAUAUAUAUAUAUAUAUAUAUAUAUAUAUACUAUUAUAUAAAUAUAUAUAUACAAAUAUUUUUUUUUCUUUUUAUUUCAUUUUGUUUUGUUAUUUUUUAAAUCGAGCGUUCUUUCGAAUUGAAGCCGAUUAAAUUUACGUUUAAUGUUCGCGCGCGGAUCACAGACACUGACAACAAAAAAAAAAAAAAAAAAAAGGAAAAAAGAAAGGAAGAAAGAAUGAAAGAAAAAAAUUUCAAUGGAACGCGCUUUUCCUCCGUUUUCGAUUUAAAUAGUCGACGGACUAAUGGAAUUUUGAAUCCGCCCUCCCGCCCCCCACGCCCCACAUAGCAAGGGAAAGGAUUAAUAUCAAUCGGACUAUUUCUGUUUUUGUUCUCUUUAUGAUUUUUUGUCCUUUUCCUUUUUUCUCCUUUUUUGCAUUUUUUUUUUUGCUUUUUUUUUUUUUUUUUUUUUUUUCCCUCUACCUUCUUUUUCAACGUUAUUUCUACGUAGAGAGGGAAAACAGAUGGCAAAGGAAUAAACGGAAAGUGCAAUACGUAGGAUCGGUUCUCGCAUGGGAUUUUGAUAUUGCAAUAAAAACCCUUCCUCCUCUCCUUUCCCUCCCUACCCUCACUUCCCUCCUUCCGCCAACAACCUCCGAAAACCGAAAACGAAGGUUGAAAAUAGAUAUCGGCAUCUCUUUCCGUAACCCCCGAAGUAUUCAAAAUACGGGUCGCGUUUGUAAAAUUAGAUAGCACAAACUGAUUAGACGUAUUAUUACGAUAUUAUACAUAUAUACAUAUGCAUCCUUUGUCAAUACGAAUCCUAGGGCCUAUAUAGGUUUCUUUGAUGGCGCUAAAAAAAAAAAGGAAAAAAUAAAAAAUGGCAAAACUCUAUUUGAAAUAAGCACGUUUGUAAUUGGCGAACGGCUUCCUGUAAAUAUAUUCCUCGAGUAAGGAUAAUAACAAUAACGAUAGUAAUAGAUAAAAUAAUAAUAAUAAUAAUAAUAAUAAUAAUAAUAAAAAUAAUAAUAAUAAUAAUAACAAUAAUAAUAAUAAUGAUAAUAAUAAUAAUAAUAAUAAUAAUAAUAAUAAUAAUAAAAAUAAUAAUAUUAAUAGCGAUAUAAAAUUAUAAAUGACGAAAGGCAAUUAACGCUUUUCGACAAAAAAUACAAUUUUAUCUUGAAUUUCGAAACUCGUUCCUUGCUUGCUUUCUCUCGACGUUUAUAUCGUAUUUCUACAUUGAAGCGAUUGCGAAUUCGUAACUCGUUCACGAGGAUAAAAGAGAAAUAAACGAUCAAAUCAAAUUCAAAGUGAAAAGAAAUAUAUAUAUAUAUAUAUAUAUAUAUGUAUAUAUAUACACAAAAUUUUUUACGAAUGUGUCGUUCCUCGUCGAUGAUCUACGUUAAGGUUGAUCCUUAAAGCAUAGCAAACGAUACAUCCGUUGAUAAAGCCGUUGAAAUAAAUAAAAAGAUAACGAAACAGGGUAGCCUAUCAAUUAUUAAAAGACGUUGAUCCGUGGAAAGGCUGCGCUUUAGGGAUCAGACCGUCGCAGAUUCGCUUUAAACAUCGACGGAAGUAUCGUUGAAAAAGCAUGAAUACUCAAACACGAGGUUUACUGUCGUGCAUUUUGUUUUUUAAUUUUUCCUUUUUCUUUUUUCUAAAAAUCUUUUUCUUUUCUCUUUUUUUUUUCUUUUUUCUCUUCUUAAAUCUUUUUCGAGAUAACGAACGAAAUACAACUAAGGAUCGGAUACGUUUGAAUCUUCUUGAUAGAUAUGUUUAUAUAUAAAUAUAUACACAUGCAUAUACACGUACACGAUAAAACCUACAUAUGUAUAUACAUAUACAUAUUUACGUAUCAUUCUAACAAAGCGUGUAAUAUACUUUUGUGUAAAUAAAAACGACUCUUGACGUCGCUCGGCGUAUCUCUUAAGGUCUUUAGUUAGUUUUAUAACUGUGAAUCAUUAUGUGCAUAUCUCGCUCUUAAAUAUAUACAUAAAUUGCGGACGAUUUACGCGAUCGUGUCGAUCAUUCUCGAGCAAUAAGAUUAAAAAACGUUUAGAUCUUCAUUAUUCUACAUCUUCAAUGCCGGGUGCAUCGAAUUUUUGAACAAUGUAUGUAUACUAUAUAAAUAUAUAUUCCUUGUAUGAUAUAUAUAUACAUGUGUAUAUAUGAAUAUACUUAUACACAAGGAUAUAUAUUUGCAUACACGUAAACACAAUCAUUUCUUAAGUUCGAGAUUCGUCUCGAUUCGUGAAUCGUCGCGUCUAUUGUAAAUCGAAUGAAAUCAUUAUACUGUACAUUUCUCAUGAUGCCCCGAUGUUACUGUUAACUACUUAAGAUUUCGAAAAUCUUUAUCUUAAGCGCGCAGAAAAAAAAAUAAAUAAAUAAAUAAAGAAGUCGCGUGCGCGAUCGCGUUUACGGUCGCUCGUUUUCUCUCUCUUUGUUUUUUCUGUCUCUAUUGUAAUCUCUCUCUUUUUCUCUCUCUCUCUCUCUUUCUCUCUCUUUCUCUUUUUCUCUUUCUCUCUCUCUCUCUCUCUCUCUCUCUCUCUCUCUCUCUCUCUCUCUCUCUCUCUCUCUCUCUCUCUCUCUCUUCUCUCUUUAACGAGAGAAGCGGAGAGAUCAACGAACGUACGCGUGCGCGCGCGCGUCCGUGCUUUUGUUAUAUAUAAUUAUGUACAUGGAGGUAUUUUAAUGAUUACGAUGCGAUCGAUAAGAGACGAAUUUGUACGUUUUUUCUUUCAUUCUUUCUUUCUUUUCUGUUUUUCUGUUUUUUUUUUUUUUUUUUUUUUUUUUCUUUCCUUUUCUAAUAAACAGUAACAAUAAUAACAUUAUAUAAACUCAAUUCUUAAUCUCCUUAUCGAGCUUAUCGUAAUGAUAUACUCUGUAUGUAAAAUGCUUAAAUGGAAUUUCGAGAUGUAAUAGAGAGAUUCGAAUACACACAUUAAGAAAUUCACCGUGAAUGUAUAUUCAACGAAUGAAAGAUAUACGAAAGAACGUAAGAAAAAAGAACGAGUGUACUGUGUGUUGUAUGCAUUUUUCUUUUCUUCUUUUUCUUUUUUUUUUUUUCUUUUUUUUUUUUUCUUUUUCUCGCGUUGAGUUUGCACGUGAACACGUGUUUAAAUACAUGCGCGCGCACGCGUCUUUCUGCGCGUAUAUGUGUGUAUGUACGUGUGUAAUGUGUGCAUAGAGAAAGGAUUUACGUAUGUACAUACAUAUAUAUAUAUAUAUAUAUAUAUAUAUACAUAUACAUAUACAUAUAUAUAUAUACGUAUGUAUAUAUAUAUGUAUAUAUAUUCACAUAGUCAAACACCAUUUCUAUCGUAAAUAAAAGAAGAAGGGAGAUGAUAAAAAAAGAAAGGAGAAACGUAGGUUAAUAAAGUAUACUGCGAUAAGUAAUUAACAAUCAAUGUAAAGUGGGUGGUACGUGGCGAUGUUAAAAUUAGAAAAGUUUAUGUCGUUUGAAUCAUAGAAGUUUACGCCUUCUUGCCACGGUUAUCACCCUGAUACGUAUUAAUUGUUUAUCGGUCAAUUAUUAAUUAAAUUGUAUAUCGAUUUCUUCGCCUUUAGUCAGAGAAAAAGAUAAAGAAGAAAAAGGAGAGAAAAAGGAGAGAAAGAGAGAAAGAGAGAGAGAGAGAGAGAAAAAAGAGAAAGAGAAAAAGAGAGAAAGGGAGAAAGAGAGAAUGAAAAUAAAGAAAGGUUUCCGCAAAGUUUCCUUCUAAACAUUUAAACAGACGAUCUCAUUAGUUUAUUAACAAAAGAAAACAAAAUUGCAUUCAUUUCUUUAAAGAGAAAAAAAUGGAGAGGUGGUGAGAGAGAGAGAGAGAGAGAGAGAAAGAGAGAGAAAGAGAGAGGGAAAUAGAAAUUAUUAUACUAUGUCACAAAGUGAUCGGAUCGUUAAAAUACGACUUAUUAGUCAUAAAUUAUUAUUAAAAAAAAUAAUUAUCUCUAAUAAUACUCAUUUUGGAAGUGGUUGUUAAAAUUUGUAUUAGUAGAAAGAAUAUGUAUAAAAAGAAAACUUUGCGCAGGCCGAUUUAUGCUGUUUUAAAGGCAAAACUCCUAGGCAAUCUAAUGACUAAUUCGCUAAAGAAGAAGAGAGAAGUGGAUAAAUGGUAAUUAAAAGUGUGUCUACUUGCGCGAACGUGGAAGUGGUUUUUCAAAUUUGUUGAUACUUUUCAUACUUUAAGACUAGGAAUUAUUAUGGCCUAUUAAACUACUGUUUCGCAAAGUUUAUCCGUCGACUCGGUCGUCUUCAUUUCGAUAUUCUUCGUGAUUUUCGAUGAAUCUCCGAUGACGAAUAAACGUAAUGUUCGUUUUGUACAUAAAUAUAAUUAUAUGUAUAUAUAUAUAUAUAUAUAUAUAUAUAUAUAUAUAUAUACAUUAUAUAAAUAUAUACAUAUAUAAUAGGAAAGAGAAAACUGAAGGAAAUGUUUCUUUUUUUGUUUUCUCUCUUCGUAAAAAAAAAAAAAAAAAAAAAGAAAGAAAAAAGCAAAAAAUAGCUCGUAAAAUGAAAACGACCGAGUCGCCUUUAAUCGUGAAACGAAAAGUGACUUUUUAGAGAAACUCGAGCACUCUUUUUGCGUACUAUCGUGAAACGUAUUGCGUGUAACGUCGCAUUGAUACUCGAUAUAAUCUAUUUCGAAUUCGACUGAAUCGACAUAGGAGAUAAUAUAUACCCCCAUAUUUUUCUCGAUGUUAAGCUUUUUCGCAGAGCGCAUAGGAAAGUAUGUACACGAUUUAAUGAGAUUGGAAAUGAUCGAACGAACGAACGAACGAACGAACGAACGAAAGAAUGUACGAAAGGAAGAACGAAAAAUUGAUCGUAAAGACUAUCGAAACAAAUUGAUGAGAAUUCAAAAAGAAAAAAGGAAAAAGGAAAAAAAAAGGAAAGAAAGAGAGAAAAAAGGAGGGACGACUGAGGAUUCUUGAUCGAUCAAUAGAUAGAUAGAUAUCCAAAUAGAUAAAUCGCUAAUCUUAUGCGAAUGCCCUGUCAUUUAUCUUCUUGUUACCAAAGCAAGAUGAACAAUCUUUUUUUGAUUAUAUCUUUCUAUAUACAUACACACACACACACACAUAUAUAUAUAUAUAUAUAUAUAUAUGACUCAUUUAAAUUGAUCGAUAAUUAUUUAAGCAGAAAAAUGGAAAAUUCGACGUGCGGGAUCACGAUCGUCCAUUCCGAAGAAAAAAAAAAAAAAAAACAAAGUUUCCAUUACUAAUUCGAACAUUUAAUCUUUCCACCUUGUUGUUUCCUUUGGUUUUGUUUCUUAUCUUUUCUUGUUUAUCCCUCUUUGUUUUCCUUUUUUCUUUUCUUCUUUUUUUUUUUUUUUUUUUUUUUCCUUAAUGAACCCACACUCUUCGAUUUCGCGUAAAGAUCAUCUACGAGAUUGAUCGCACGAUCUUUGCCUUAUCCAAUCCGGAAAAAUAGUCAAAAAUAAAUCAUAAUCAUCGUAAAUAGAAGAAUACGUACGACCUCACGUAUCAUUCAUUAAAACAUUGAGAAAUAUUUCUUAAUAUAAAAAGACUGUUUUCCCCCUGUGCACGAUAACAAAUCGUAACCGCGAAAUCUCGUAAUCCUCGUUAAGAUACAUUUGAUAUCGUGCGAUUUACGAGAGAAGAAUACGAAAAGAGAGGAUGAAAAAAAAAGAAAAAAAAAAAAAAAAAAAAAGAAGAAGAAAGAGGAAGAAAAAAAACCAAAAAAGUAAAUAUAAAAACUAAAGAGAUAAAGGAGGAUACUACGAAACGAUAGAAAUUAUGUGCACAAUAGUAUAAAUAAGUCGUAACGUACACUGUAAAACAAGAUUCUUUGUACCGCAAAUCCUACUUACAAUUAUUAUUAAUUAGUAAAUCGAUCGACCAUUGUGACGAAAUACAAAAAAAAAAAAAAAAGAAAAAAGAAAAGGAAAGGGGUAUAAAACAUACAAUGGCUUUCACUUAGAAAUAAAUACACAACGUUUGUCUAAAUUCGCGUGUGCGUCCCAUUGUCGUCGACGUUUAAAUACUACGACCAUAGGCAUCGUGAUUUAAAGAAAAAGUAAAUGAAUUAUAGGUAAAUUCGCGCGAAUAACGAAUGGAUUGGUUCUCUCCUACCUCCUCCGUUCCCCUCCCCCUUUCCUCCCUCAUUAAUCCAUCCCUUUUCUCUCCCAACUAUCAUCCCUUCCGCCAAGGAUUCUUCCUUAAUCGUGCUAGUUGAAAAUUUUAUUGUAAAUAGUUUAUCGACCUAUUAAAUGGCAAACUUUGUAAAUGUUAAAAAGAGAAAUUCUUUCGAAUCGAUCGAAAGAUGAUGGAUCAAAUUCGCCGAAUAACGGAUUAUUGAUCGUUCGUCAAAUCUUUUUCAAUAAUUUCCAUUAUUGAUAAUACCAGUUUCAUUACUUCCUAGAUACAUUUUUAACAACGAUCAAAACAUUCAUUCGUCGAGAAAAAAUAAAACGAAGCAGAAAAAAAAUAAAUAAACAAAGAAAUAAAGAAGGAAAGAAGGAAAGAAAGAAAGAUAGAUAAACAAACGUACAUUUUGUUAAAGGGAAAAUUCCAUAUCGGAGGAUGGAAUAAAACGCGUCGUAUUUUGAUGGCGAACCGCAUAAAUUCAUUUUCAGUACGCGCUGUAAAUAUGCUACAUAAUGAUCAUAAAACAUUUCAAACUAUCUCACAUUUAAAAAAAUAUGAAAUAUUUGUUAUAACGAACGAUCGUUACAAUUUUAUACUUAUCAAUAGCAUGAUAUGUGAAAAGAGAAAGAUUCAUUGUAUUUUCCUUUUUUAUAAGAAGAUUGUUCUCAUCGCACCGACUGACAAGCCGAUAUUUAACCGAUGAUCGAAAAAGAAAAAAAAAAUAAGAAAAAGAAAAACGAGUCAAUCAUUUGAUUUCGUUCUCGAUUUAAGUUAAUGAUUCAAUUCCGAAUUCCUCAGAUGUACCUGUAGCAUAAAAGUCCGGCAUAUGCGACGCUAGCAAGGAUCAUGCAUCUUUAGCACAAGAAGAUCUUCCGUUUGAUAAAAAAAAAAAAAAAAAAAAAAAAAUAAAAAAAAAUAAAAAAAAAAGAGGAAAGGGGAAAAAAUGAAAUAAUUAAUAAAUGACAAGGAGCAGAAAGAAUGAGUGUGAGAAUGAGAAAAAAAAGAGAAAAAGAAAAAGAGAGAGAGAGAGAGAGAGAGAGAGAGAGAGAAGUAUGCAAGAAUAUGAAUGAAAUUCAUUUAAGAGAACGAGAGAGAAAGAGAGAAAGAAUGGGAGAGAAAGAGAAAGAAAAUGUUUACGAAUGAUAUGAGAGAGAGAGAGAGAGAAAGAGAGAUAGAAUGAUAGCUUGACAAUUUAUACAACACAAAUUCAUCGAUCUACUUCAAUAUGACAGUGUGCCAACUCUUUAUCCGAGUAUCGCUAACGUCCAUCACGAGUUUUUCAUUUUAUUUCUUCGUAAUCUUCGGUCUAAUGUACGUCGAGUUAGUAAUAUUCAUUAUCGCACAUCGUACACGAGGAAAAAUGAUUAUAUACUAUGAAAUAAUACAAGUACAAAGACUAUUUACCGUUUAUAUCGAUCUUCAUUUUGAAACGUUAGAGACGAAUAACUUUAUUUUUAUCAUUUAAAAUCACGUUUUUCUUCUUAACUGCCUAAUACGUUCUUUUCGUUUCACGUAAAAAUAUCUUCGAAUAUUAAUUAUGUAUUUUUCAUUAUUUUUUCUUUUUUAUCUUCCUUUUUUCUUUUUUCUUCUUUUUUCUUUUUAUGUAUAUAUAAAUAUAUAUAUAUAUAUAUUCGAUCGUCUCUUCGCAGGGAACAGAAAGCACGAUUUUUGAACGAUGCACAACAUUGAGCUCUGCAUUUUGUUCGCAAAAGAAGAGAGAUAAGUCGAAGUAUUAGAUUAUUAAAUAAUAAAAGGAGAAUGAAAAUAUAAUAAAAGCGAAGUGUAUUUCUUUUUUUUUUUUUGUUUGUUUGUUUUCUGUUAGUACUUGUAAAAAAAGAAAAGAAAGAAAGAAAGAAAGAAAGAAAGAUAAGGAAAGAAAAGAAAAGAAAAGAAAAGAAAAGAGAGACCAAAGAGAAUUUUAUUUUACGUUGUGUACAUUUAUUGAGUUUACGCCCCGUGUACGUCAUCGCACGAGAAGAUUUGUGUGCAUCGAGUGCUUUAAUUUUUCUUUUUUUAUUUUUAACUUUUAUAUAUAUAUAUAUAUAUAUAUAUUAUAAUUUUAAUUAAGUUAUACGAUAGUUUUGAGACUUUUAUUACAAAUUCGAUCGUGUGUAUCCUAUUAAUGGAUUAAAAGAAAAAGAAAAAGAAAAAAAAAAAAUCCAGAACAAGCGUAAUUCACAAUACGCGUCAUUAUUACGAUGUAUAUUUUUUCAAAGUCUUAUUGUAUAUCGAGAUAUUAUUAUAAUUAUUACUAUGCGAUUAAUGUCAACGAUUAUUUAUAGUUCACCGAUUUAUGUGCUUAUCCGUUAAGUAGGCACAGGUGCCGUUUAUUUUAUACUUUCUCAUAGGGUGCAAUGUGUAUCGCUACUGUUAUAUUUUAUUAAACAUCUGCCAUAGUAGCUCCUUGUGGUACGUACGAUGUUUCCCUCAUUUAUACGUAAAAUAUUUGUCAGGUUUUUUUUAACUUCUUCUUCUUCCUUUAUUUUUUUUCAUCUCUUUAUUUCAUCUUCAUUUUUUUUUUCCCCCAUAAACUCUUUCUUUUGUCGUUGCAGCGAGUUACGUUACGUUUUCCUUCCUUCUUUUUUUUCUACUUUUUUUUUGUUUUUCUUUUUUUUUUUUUUUUUUUUUUUUUUUAUUCAACCUAUCAUCGACGCGAAAUGAAGAAGAAAUCGAUCGAGGAAACGAUCACGAACUCUGUCUCGGACAUUUUGUAAAGGAAAAAGAAAAAAGAAAAAAACAAAAAAAAAAAAAAAGAAAAGAAAAAACAAAAAGGAAAAAAAAAAGAAAAAGAAACAGAAGAAAUGAAUUAAUGAAACAAAAGAAGAAAAUAGAAAAAAAAAAGAAAAGAAAGAAAGAAAAAGACGAAAAAAAAAAUAUGAGAACAAAAAAAUAGAACGAAGUACGCCGAACGCAUCGAAUGUUGCAUCGUUUUCAGAAAUAUACAAAAG